AUGUUGAUGGCAGGACAAAGGGGCAUCUGGACUAUGGGCGACGUGGUAGAGAAAAGUUUGGAAGAGCCACUGGCACCUCCUGCAGACGAACCCUCCCAGAAAAGGGGAGACCUGGUAGAAAUCUUAAAUGGUGAUAAGGCAAAAUUUGACGACACGGGACUCUCCUUAAUUCUGCAGAAUGGCCUGGAGACCCUCCGAGUGGAAAAUGCUCUGACAGAUGUCAUCUUGUGUGUGGACAUUCAGGAAUUCUCCUGCCACCGCGUGGUGCUUGCUGCGGCCAGCAACUAUUUCAGGGCCAUGUUCUGCAAUGACUUAAAGGAAAAGUACGAGAAGAGGAUCAUUAUCAAAGGAGUCGAUGCUGAGACCAUGCACACUCUCCUGGACUACACCUACACCAGCAAGGCGCUGAUCACCAAGCAGAAUGUCCAGCGGGUCCUGGAAGCUGCUAACCUCUUCCAGUUCCUGCGGAUGGUGGAUGCCUGCGCCAGCUUCCUCACCGAAGCCUUGAACCCAGAAAACUGUGUUGGGAUACUGAGGCUGGCAGACACGCACUCCUUGGACAGUCUAAAGAAGCAGGUUCAAAGUUACAUCAUCCAAAACUUUGUGCAGAUUCUGAACGCCGAGGAGUUCCUUGAACUUCCUGUGGACACUCUGUAUCACAUCUUGAAGAGUGAUGACCUUUAUGUGACGGAGGAGGCGCAGGUGUUUGAGACGGUGAUGAGCUGGGUCAGGCACAAGCAGUCGGAGCGGCUCUGCUUGCUCCCCUACAUCCUGGAGUACGUGCGCCUGCCGCUUCUGGACCCGUGGUACUUUGUGGAGACGGUGGAGGCAGACCCUCUCAUCAGGCAGUGCCCGGAGGUCUUCCCGCUGCUCCAGGAAGCCAGGAUGUACCACCUUUCCGGCAAUGAGAUAAUAUCAGAGCGCACCAAGCCCAGGAUGCAUGAGUUCCAGUCUGAGGUGUUUAUGAUCAUCGGUGGCUGCACGAAGGAUGAACGGUUUGUGGCGGAGGUAACCUGCCUGGACCCCCUGAGGCGCAGCCGCCUGGAGGUGGCCAAGCUCCCGAUGACGGAGCAUGAGCUGGAGAGUGAGAAUAAGAAGUGGGUGGAGUUUGCAUGCGUGACAUUAAAAAAUGAGGUCUACAUCUCAGGUGGCAAAGAAACACAGCACGAUGUUUGGAAAUAUAAUUCUUCAAUCAACAAAUGGAUCCAAAUAGAGUAUUUGAACAUAGGCCGCUGGAGGCAUAAGAUGGUGGUGUUGGGUGGCAAGGUCUAUGUGAUCGGAGGUUUUGAUGGCUUGCAGAGGAUCAACAACGUGGAGACCUACGACCCCUUCCACAACUGCUGGUCAGAGGCCGCGCCCCUCCUCGUCCAUGUCAGUUCCUUCGCAGCCACCAGCCAUAAGAAGAAGCUCUAUGUGAUUGGGGGAGGGCCCAAUGGAAAACUGGCCACGGACAAGACUCAGUGUUACGACCCUUCAACCAAUAAGUGGAGUUUAAAGUCGCCCAUGCCAGUGGAGGCUAAAUGCAUCAAUGCAGUGAGUUUCCGGGACCGCAUCUAUGUCGUUGGUGGGGCCAUGAGAGCGCUGUACGCCUACAGCCCCCUGGAGGACACCUGGAGCCUGGUGACCCAGCUCAGCCACGAGCGGGCCAGCUGCGGCAUCGCGCCCUGCAACAACCGGCUCUACAUCACAGGGGGGCGCGACGAGAAGAACGAGGUCAUCGCCACGGUGCUGUGCUGGGACCCCGAGGCCCAGAAGCUAACCGAGGAGUGCGUCCUGCCCCGGGGGGUGUCGCACCACGGCAGCGUCACCAUCAGGAAGUCCUACACCCACAUCCGGAGGAUCGUGCCCGGCGCGGUGUCGGUCUGA